UAUUAGCAGUGCCGGCUCGUUGCCAUGGCAGCCGUAGUACACCUUGUGAGGUACUUAGCAAACUCUCAGGUAGUGCUGGAAUGUAGGAUUUACCUGAAACUAUGGACUGUAGAAUCAAGUAACAGCGAGAAGUUGCAUUAAACCCACUGAAAUGGGAGCUACAGUUCACUAGUACUGCCCACGGGUAGCGGACCGGGCGUUGUUUACAAGCACCGUCCUACAGGCGUACCUACCGUGACUUGGGGAGCAGGAAACUUUGGGGGUGUUUGGCGAGUCGUCCGCAUAAGACAGACGUGCAGGCAUUACAUUGUACAAGGACUGGCUUUAAAAGGACUUUCAAAUGUAUUUGUUAUGGAGUCGUUUGGCAGCGUGAGUGAUGCGCAGCUUUACGGACGAGAGGAUGAUUGUGGUUUCUAUGACUUUCAGCCCCUUCCUGCACUGUUGGAAGACGAGGAAAAUGUUUCACUUGCUGACAUACUGACACUGAGAGAUAGUUGCCUUUUGGAGGAAGAAAUAUGGGCAUUUUGCUUGGAGUGUUGUCUCUCUUUGAAGGACAUCUCCCAUUCGUCGCUAUUUCAGAUGCUUUGCAUUACGCCAGACACCUUGGCUUUUAAUGCCAAUGGCAAUGUCUGUUUCAUGGAACAGCUGAGUGAUGAUCCGGAAGGUGCCUUUGUUCCACCCGAGUUUGAUUUGACUGGUAACACAUUUGAGGCACAUAUCUACUCAUUGGGAAGAUCACUGCAAGCAGCAAUUGAUUACGUAACAGAACCUGAAACGGAACUAGAGCUUGGUCAAGAUUUAAUGGCUCUGCUGGAGCAAAUGCAGCAGGAAGAUGCAGAAGGCCGUCCGGAUAUUAAGAGCAUCAUCAGCCUGUGUGAAGCCAAACUAAUGCACACUUCCUCGAGCAGAAUUUGUCGUAACCUGUCUGCUAUUGGAAGAAGAAUGCUUUCAAUUGAAUCAAUUGGGCCUCGGCAAGACUAUUUUGGAGUUACGCAAAAAAAGCAAGAUGACAACAUCGCUGCGAAACAGAAAGAAGAAACUUGUGAGCGAAACCCUGCAGAUGGUUCUUCCAGCACUGAAGAGCUGCCUACUGACUUCAGUGUAAGCAGUAGCACAGAAGAAAUACCAUUACAUUGUAAACAGUGUGUGCAGAAUUUGGAUGAAAGGAAAACUAGUAUUAAUAAAGACAGACUCUUAGAUAACAGCAGGAACAAAAAGAACAAAGCAGACCUGGAAGAUUUGUUGCAUAGCAAGGGCGGCAGUCUAGACGGAGAUGUCAGAACUGAUAAUGUUCCCUUAACAUCGGAGUCUCUAUUCCAAGAAGUGACUGCCACUUCACAAGGAGACCUGCCAGCAUUGACAACAGGAGCGACCGAUAAAUCCAGUUCUGCCAUAUCAAAAGCAAACCGAAUUAGUUCUGCCAGUGAACUCUCUGUACCUGAAGCUGAGACUUUUGCGUCUGAAUGCAGACAGGAAGCUGCAUCUUUUCAGGAAUUCUUUUUUAAUUCUAAUGCAGUGCAGCCUGAAAAUGUUCAGCAGACUGCAAUGCACAGCAUUCAGAAAGUCAGUGUUUUGUUAGAGUCAUCAGGUGGCAGAAAAGAUGCAUCCUCCUUAGAAAGAGGAGCAUCUCUUAACAGUGCCCUGGUUAAAAAUGAAAAAUGGAAGUCAAUGCACUCUCCUGAUGUAGAGCCCAUCUUUCAUUCUUGUCCUAAUGUUGAAGCUCAAAACAUAACAUCUGCUGGAAAUACACAGAUAGUUGCAGAACUAGGCAGUGUUACUGCAGCUGGCCAGGCCUAUAAUGAAUUAGAGAAAUGUACACCAAAUUUCUUUGGAGUAAGUCAGCACAAGGCUGUGGCUUUACAUACUAGUGGUAAUGCUGAAACAUGUGGCUCUCAAUGCUUAUCUCCAGGUCAGAGUGCUGCUUUUUCAAAUGGGACACAUUCAGUUAGUAACAGUGAAGAUCGGAAACCAGAAGAGACUUCACCAAACUUGUGGAUAAAGCUACAUGACCUCCUAUCGCAAUCUGGUAAACCAUUAAAGGAUUAUGAACUGUGGUCUCUGUGCCAUGAAUGCCUCAGCACCCUUCGGACCUACAUUGAUUUCCCAGCUUACUUGUGCCUUAAUUCUGUAACUGUUGAUAGAAAUGGUGCCAUUUUGUUUGUAACCCCUGAGGACACAGGGUCAAAUAUAUCAGAGUUUGCAGCACCAGAACUUGGCACUGGUGGAGUGAUGACGGAGAAGGCCUGUGUUUAUAGUGUUGCAGCAAUUUUGUGGGCUUCAGCAAAAUGUAACAUCAAGGAAAAUCAUCCAUUAAUGUUACCAAGGAAACUUAAGCACCACCUGCUAAAUAUGGCAAAGAGGAAUCCCGGUGAAAGACUUUCUUUAACUGAAGCACAACAGAUUUGCAGCGAGUACCUGCACAGUGAGAGGAUGAACAGCAGGAAGAUUUUGUCACAGUUAAUAACUAUGUUUCAGGAAUCCAGAAAUGUGUCUCUUUCAGCUAAUACUUCUGUAAAAGAUUAUGAAGAUACUGUUCAUGCAAAGGACACUGCAGGACUGUACUUGGGAUUUGUACCUAUCAAAACUAAAAGCAGGCUGACAGCUAUCAAAGGCCCGGUCCCUUGCCAAUAUCCUGUCAAUAAUGAGCCUUCAAAUCUGCCAGAUGCCUUCACUUCCCCAGUGACCCAUUUUAAGCCAAUCAUCAUUACACAGAAUAUAGCUUCAACAAGUACUGAAAGUUCUCAGAAAAAUGCAACUGAGAAGAAACAUGUAAAAUCAAUAAAAAGGAAAAUACAACAGAAAAUUGGAGCAGUACCAAUGAAUGAAAUUGAAAAGGAUGCCAAUUGUGGAGGAACUGCAGUGCCAUAUUAUUCCAAAUGGGAUUCCCCUAGCAAUAGAAGAAUUGCAGAAAGUGACUCGCUUGAAGAAUAUCCUAAAGAGAAAAGUUCUAAUGAUUCAUUUCCUUCUGUGGGCCAGACUGCAUCAGUUAUUACUUUGAAUGAACAAAGAGAGGAGCAGAUGAAAACUGCUUUGUCCUCAUCUUUUGACAAUUUGACUGUUUCUAACAGUUCUCAGGUGAAUAAUUUCCUUCUGAGACAGGACCCCAAAACAGGAGUUCUUACAUUAGUACCUGUUCAGGUAGCUGUGCCAGACCAGCUAUCUGGCAUGCAGUUUCAGACUGCCACAUAUGACCUGCUGUCAAACCAACAGGUAGUGCCUUUCCUUGCAACAGAUGCUAAACUGAAUGCAAAUUCUCCUGCUACUGCUACAAACAGCAUUAUGUCAAAUGUCUGGCCAAGGCAGAAUAACAGACUCAGUGCUAAGGACCUAGGUGCAGAAAGUCCAUUAUCUGGUAAAAAAAUAACACAAGAGUUAGUUAAACUUAACGUUGAAGAUAAGCCUUUGUCUGAAAGCAAAGAUGUCAGCAAAUCAACAAUUGUUUCAUCAGAAUGCAGCCCGUCAAUAUUGACGUUCCAGAUUGCUGGUCACCCACACGUGACAGAUGAGACCUCAGUUGAUGCUAAACUGAUUUCCCUGCGUAAGGUGAUACAGCAUAUAAAGGAGGAGUUCGCCUUUGAAGGAUACCUAGACAAUGGAGUAGAAGAUGCUGCUAUGGGAGAAUAUAUUCUAGCUUUAAAGGGCCUUUCAUUUGGAACUUUCUGUGGAGCAGUGUCUGAGAAAUUUAAUGAUCUCUACUGGGAUGAAAAAUUAUUGCUGAAUUUAUAUGAAGCUGUCAAUGGAAAGCCUCCACAGCCUUCACCAGCCUACCAUGCUGGUUUAGAAAUCCAGAACACGACACCAACUGAUCAGAAAACAGAAGAUGAUGAAGAGGAAGAUAGCGUCCUGCUUCAGAUUCUGAAAAAGGCUAUUAAUAAACGCAACAAGUCUGCUUCUCAUGUGGAAACGUUGGCGUCACCUGUGUCAGUUUCUCCUGCAACUGAAGAUGUGAUGAGGAAGUCAGAAAUUCUCUUUGGGGAAAUCAGUGUGGAGGAAGAAGAAGAUCUUAAUGUAGACACAGAAGAUCUGCCGCAAACCAUUGUAUCGUUUGAUGAAAUGGACUUGCCAGACAGCAUUUAUCUGCCCCAAGGAAUUGAAGAGUCUUCCCCAUUCAAGACAAAAGGAAAAACUUCCAUUAGAAGAACUGCGUCUCUCGGCAGUGCUCAUCACUGUAGUCCUAGCUCUUUAGAGGAAAAUGAUGUCACAGAUCUCAGCAAAACACUGACAAUGUCAGAACAUCAACACCCUGUGUCCUCUUCAUCAAAAAGGAAACGGAGAUGCAGUCUAGGAUGGAGAAGUGCAUUUUUUGGUCCACAGAUUUUUGAUCAGGAGGUUCAGAGUUAUGUUGGAACACUUGGACGGUCAAAAGCUAGUGACCCAUCCAACAUGGAUUCCAAAAUUCAGGAAGUUGAACAACACUUGAUGAUGGAGGUAAAACAUUACAAAAAAACACAAAUAUUCUAUCAAAAGCUGUUACACAAGGAAAGAAAAAACAAAGGGGUUAAUGCUAAAGCAAUGCUUAGCAAAUUGAAAGGCGAACUGGAAGAGAUGAAAAUUAAGGUGCAGUUUCUUGAGACUGUGAAGACGUAUUUGGAGGUUUUGAAGGCUGAAGAGUGGGGUCUUGAACUUCCUCUCUUGUCUGCAGUUAUAAGUGCAUCAUCUAGGUGUGAAAUGGAAACAUGCAAACUCCUUGACUCGUCACAACUUAUGUUUCAAUCAGUGAAAGAACAUGAAAAGGCAAACCAAAUUGGGCAAAAGAUUGUGCAGGCUGGUACAACAACUGGUUUAUUGGCAUAUCUCUAUUCCAGCAAUGCAGUUUUAGACGGAUAUAUCCAGCAGUUCCUGUACACCUACCGAUACUUUUGUACUCCAGAGGAGGUUCUACAGUUCAUCAUUGACAGUUUGACCAGUGUGUCGAGAACACAUCUGGAUACACCACUGAACACUAAAAUUUAUAAUCGAAGUUUAUACCUAGUGCAAACUUGGAUAGAAGACUGUUAUAUGAUUGAUUUUGCAUUCAGUACUAAACUUUUGGUCAAACUAGAAGAUUUCCUAGCUUCAAAGAUUAUUCCAGUGGAUAAUGAUCGGGAGCAUUUAAUAUCUAUGAUUCAAGAUGCUAAACAGAAGGAACAUGGUCUUGAAUUUUUUCAUUGCUGCUCCAGUUCAGAAGAGGUGAAAAAAAUGGUUAAUUCAAAUACAGUGCAUACAUUGCACAACAAUAUGUCUGUAAAUUAUUCCUUCAGAAAGAGUUUUAGGUGGAAGAUUUCCAAAAUGGGUGACGUUGCUGUGCCAUAUCCAAAAACAAAGCAAUAUACUCUUGCAACAGCUUUACCAAGGCCUAACCUUAAUGGUUUUAUAGCAGACGUGCCACCAUCAUGUAUAAAAAUGAAUGAAAACGGACCAUAUUUACUAGCUGAAUGGACUGCCCAGCAUCUUGCCUUUCAACUUACCUUGCUACAGCAGGAGAUGUUCCAGAAAUGUCAUGCAGUGCACUUUCUGAAUUCAAGAGUCCUUGGUGUGAAAGAUAAAAAUAUAGCCAUACAAAUGUCGGCUGUAUCAACUGCCCCACCUGCAGGGGGCACCAGUCUUUUUGUGCCACUCUAUAAACAAGACCAAUACCUUUUGGAACUUCUGAAAUAUAGUGAUAAUAUCAGCACCUGGAUUUCUGCUGAAAUUGUAACCUGCGACAGGCCAAAGUUACAGACCAAUUUAUUAUCAAAAUUCCUGCUUGUUGCAAAGUACUGUUAUGAAAUAAGAAACUUUGAAACCGCAAUGCAAGUACUGUUGGCCAUGGAAAAUGUUACAGUACGGCAGUUACCUGUCUGGAAGAACCUUUCCUCAAAAGUAUGUGAAAUCAUGGACGAGCUAAGAGCAGUUGAGGUGUUUUUGAAAAGUGAUGCUCUCUGUUUGAUGAUGGGUGACAGAUUCAGAAAGCUUCCCACAAUCCCUUCUUCUCAUCUGCUAUCAAUGCAUGUUCAGCAGCUGGAGACUGGAGGAUUCACAUUGGCCAAUGGAGCUUACAAGUGGUCUAAACUUAGGAAUAUAUCAAAAGUUGUGAGCCAGAUUCCAGCAUUUCAAGAGCAACGAUAUGAAUUUUUGCCUGAUUUGGAAAUGCAGACUUACCUGCAACACAGAAUAGUCCACUUUUGUGAAGCAGAUAUUCCUGUUCUGGCUGCUAAGAACACUGUUAAUUUCCACAAGUUGCCAGCUGAUAAGCAUUCUCGGAAGAUACAAGAUACACUGCGCAGAAUGAAAGCGACAUUUCAGUAGUGCUUCCUUUUUAUUUUGCCAAAUUAAUAUGUUUUGCCAUAAAGGGAAGAUUUUAUAAUUUCUUUUCAUUCACUGUUUUAAUAUAAUUGCUGUGCUUGAUCUGUCACUUCACCUGUCAUUGCCUGCCUUUUACAUUUUAGGCCAUGGUUUUAAACAAGCAGUGUCAGGCAACAAAUUUCAAAGGAAAUGUGUUGAAUGUUUAUACAGAAAACUUGCUUAAAAUGAAAUUGUUUGCUGGGUGAUAUUUAACAUAUAGUCAUUACAUAAUUAAAAAAAAAUCUUUUAUAAGUAAGUAUUUAUUAAGUAUUUUGGAGUUCAAAGUGUUCAGACUAGAUGCUUUUCUCUUAUAACUAUGUAAACAGUUUCAUAAUAACUGCAAUAACCAGUUUGUUGUGGAAACUAGUAAAUGAUCUUUCAGGUGUCAUUUCAUAUAUGAGUUUCUGUGAAAUUAGUUUCUUGACUUUAUGCUGAAUUCUAAAAGGAAAACAAUAAUUUUUGUGCUAUAGUAUUCUAUACCAAAUGUCUGUUUUGUUUUUCUCCUGUUCUAUCUUCCCCAUAUUUCAUUUCUCCCAGGGAUCUGCAGUAGGAAUUAAAAUUCAGUUUUUUCAUAUGCAGCCUUGCCCUACUCAGAUUACUGUUCCCCUGGCAAGCCUGUGUGUUUAAAGGGUCCUUUACUUUA